AUGUCUUUUUUAGAAGCGAAAAUUGGUAUCUUAUCCCAUGUCGAUGGUUCUUCUCAGCUAACUUCUCAAUCAACUAACGUCAUCUGCGGUGUCACUGGCCCAAUUGAGCCAAAGCCAAGACAAGAACUACCAAAUGAAUUAGCUUUAGAAAUUAUUGUUCGUCCUGCUACUGGGGUUUCAAAUACAAGAGAAAAAUUAUUAGAAGAUAGGCUUCGUGGUGUUCUGACUCCAAUUAUCAAUAGAAAUUUAUAUCCAAGACAGUUAUGCCAAAUCACAUGUCAAAUAUUAGAUUCUGGUGAAAGUGAUGAAUAUUUUAGCCAAAAAGAAUUAGCAUGCUGUAUUAAUUCAUCUUUCUUAGCUCUUAUAGAUGCAGGGAUCGCGUUGAAUUCUACAGUUGCAAGUAUUGUAUUAGCAAUAAUGAAUGAUGCUGAAGAAACUAUUGUAACAAAUCCUACUAAUGAGCAAUUAUUAGAAUCCAAAUCAGUUCAUAUAUUAGCCUUAGAAAUUGUCAACGAAUCAAAAUUAAUUAAAAAUGUCUUAUUAUUGGAUAGUUUGGGUGAUUUCACUGAAACCCAAUUGUUCAAAAUUCUCGAAAUUGGUGAGAAAAGUUGUGUAGAUAUUUCUAUUAGUUUAAGAAAAAUAAUUCAAGACAGAGUAGAACAAUCAAUUAUACGAUAA